UUCAGCCUUAUUGAGAGUGAUGUCCUGAAGACAGUAAACUUGCUCCACCUCCCCCAUUCUAGAGAAGUUGAUAUGAAAACAAGAAGAGAAGCCCCGCCCGUUCGAGCCCACCCUGGCUGACUCAAAAAGGCUCGUGGAAAGUCGUGCGAUGUGAUUUAGCCGUCAGCAAAACUAAGCGUCGACGUAACGGAUAAACACACCCCGGGCUGCUCGAAGUUUUACAUCGGACUCAAGCCGACGAGGUGAAUCACCAUGAACGUUUCAGGCUGGUCUGGAGAUGACGUGGUGCGUUGGUUAAGUGACCAGGGCCUGCUGGAGUACUGCGAUUCGCUGAGGAAUCACAACGGGCUGGCCCUUUUAAACCUUAAACAGUCGCACUUUAUGGUCCCCCCACUCUCGCUGGUGACGUCCGAUGGCGGGCAACAACUCCUGGAGCGGAUCGAGAGCCUGCGGCUGGAAAAUCACAUCCAGGCACACAAAAACGGACACAUCGCCUUGAACGGGUUUCAUGAAAGCGGACCGACGGCCAUUAAAGUGGACCAGGAGGCCAACGGGAUUAUCAUCAACGGCAAUGCCAAACAAGCCCAGUCGCCUCUGAGGAACGGACUAUUGAACGGACAGGUCGGGAACGGUUUCCACCACAGCGGCCAGUACUGUGAUCCCAAGACGGACUCCAAAAUCCCAAUCCCGACUAGCGAAUCCCCCUUCCCCGAGGAGUGGGGGAAAACGGCCGCGGCUUUCUUGUACGCCAUGAUCUGCUUCACGCUGACCACCGUCAUGAUCUCGGUGGUCCACGAACGCGUCCCUUCCAAGGAGGCCACGCCCCCUCUGCCGGAUAAGUUCUUCGACUGGUUCGGGAGGAAGGAGUGGGCCUUCACGAUCUGCGAGAUCAACGGGGUGGUGCUGAUAGUGCUGUGGCUGAUACAGUGGGCGCUCCUCAAGCACAGGUCGAUUGUGGGCCGUCGCUUUUUCUUCAUUGUCGGCACUCUCUACCUGUACAGGUGUCUCACAAUGUACAUCACCACCCUGCCGGUUCCUGGCAUGCACUUCAAAUGCUCCCCCAAGGUGUUAGGAGACUAUGCUUCUCAAAUGAGGAGGGUGUUGAAGAUGAUAGCCGGAGGAGGUUUGACCAUCACCGGGUCCCAUCACAUGUGUGGCGACUACCUGUACAGUGGCCAUACGGUCAUGUUAACGUUGACAUACCUCUUCAUCAGGGAGUAUUCUCCAAAGCGGUUCUGGUGGUACCACUGGCUUUGUUGGUUACUGUGUGCUGUUGGGCUGUUCUGCAUCCUUUUGGCCCACGACCAUUACUCCAUAGAUGUGGUAGUGGCCUACUAUAUUACCACGAGACUCUUCUGGUGGUACCACACCAUGGCAAACCAGCAGGCUUUGAAGGAGCCUUCCCAGAGCAACUUCGUGUCCAGGGUGUGGUGGUAUCGCUACUUUCUUUACCUGGAGACCAAUGUCCAGGGUGUCAUCCCCCGCCAUUACCAGCUGCCGUUCUCCUUCACAUGGAAGCGGCUAGUCAGGGGCGGCCCGGUUAAAUACAGCAGACUGGCGAACAGCGAGUGCCCCUAGCGCACAGCGGGCGGGGCGGGUUGAACUGUUAAUCAGAAAACGAUGGAUACACAAGGGGAGGACGAGUAGACGGAUGGACCAGAGACUGCCGCUGCUGCUGGUGUGUGGACGGAGGGAUAUAUCGGUGGCGAAUGGGCUGACUAUCGACGUAAGGCGAGAGUAACGAUCAGCCGCUGAAAGGAUGGACCGAUGGACGAAACCAGAAACCAACUGCCACUCCGGAAGGGAUGAAAAAAAAAGAAAGGAGACUUAAGUGAACACGACGAGCGGACGGAUGAAUAAAACAUGGAAAAGCAUUGUCGGUGAGCUGCUUGGCCCGUUGAGCUGCACGCGGUUGAUGAGCCUCGCAGCCCUGGCCAAGGCUGAGCGCCGUCGUGUAGCCGUUGAGCUGCACGGGGAACGGGGACCCCUCACCCCCGUAGGAUAUUGAGGGACUGACGCGAUCAAUCGGAAGCACAACAGAGAAAAAGCACAAAUAAAAGAGAGAAAUGUUGAAUAAAUUGGCGCCUUUCAUGGCGUUGGGACCCUCGGUCGCCGACCAAGGAUUGUUUCAUCGCCCCAUUUUGUCGACUAGCGAAUUAAAAAGCUGAUUCUAGGUCCGUGUCGGUGGAAGCAGGACCGCAAG